AAAGAUAAAUGGGUGGGGGUAAGAAGGAGAGAGAGAUGAGGUCUCCCAGAGAGACCGCUGGGAGGGAUGAUGAUGAGAUGUGAGCAGGAGAGAGAAGUUUAAGGACUUGAAAGAGGAGGAGAGGCGGAGGCUGGGAGGGAAACUCCCUCCUGGUUAUGAACAACUGUUGCACAGUGCAACCUUCAUACACUCACGACACACUCUCACUGCUGCACAGCUCUGCUUCUAGACGCUCAAACUCCUCCACCGAAUGUGUGUGUGUGUGUGUGUGUGUGAGCUGCCACAGAUUUUAAGACUGCAGAAGAAACCUCUCACCUCUCUCAAGGAUUACAAUCAGGAAACAAUUUCCUGGAGUUAUCGUUUUUAUAAAUUGGAUUAAGAGGGACAUCUGGAACCCCAGAGACGUGUGGGUGGGGAGCGGUCUUGAAUGGAUGAAUAAGUGCUCAAGGAUGACUGGAUAAAAGCUUCCAGAAGUGAUUGCUCCGUGGAAUCUCGUGAGGUAUCUGGAUUAUCGUUGACUCACUGCAGGUGUGAACGUCUUUAUUUCCUCCCAAGGUCGAGGAAAACUUGGAGAAAAAAACACGGCUCUCAAAUUUCACUCCAAUCUCUGCGGCACCUGCUCAUCACUGAAAUUGCUUUCCAUCCUCCAAGUUUACAACUUCAAAGCCAAGGCCAGUCUUCCACAGGGGCACUGUUUGUCUAUUGUAUAAUUAUGCCCUUACUCUCAUUAUCUCUGUUUCUCCUGCUGCACAGCUGAGAGGUGAAGGAGAUCAGAGGGUGAGGAUUUUUUUUUCUUCAAAAUUAGAGAAGGAAAGAGGGAGAGAGGAAAGCAAAGGGGGGAGGGAGAGAUAAACAGAGGCAGUUUAAGAAGCUCUCUUCUAAACACAUCAGGCAUAAAUCAACGCUGUAUUUGACUCUGAGGCAGUCUGGGGACAAACUGGACCAACUAAGGAACUCUGUGGUUGCCAGCCUGGACACACUGUAGGAAAUAUAACCUGAAUAAAGUCGUGCAACUUGUGCAACAGAUUAUUUGUGAGUGAAAACUUUUAUUUUCCAGCAGAGAAGAAGAAACCAGAGCAAACCACAGCCAUGGCCUCAGGCGUCUCCUACAGCUUCCCUUGUUUUUGCACCAAGAUGAAACAGAAACACUCGAGCCUCUUCUUCCAGCAGCAGACCAGAUCCACCUCCAGACCCCGCCGGCCUCUCCUCCACCCCAGGACCCUGCUCCUCAUGCCCCUGCUCCUCCUGCUCUUCCUCUCCCUGUGGAGCCAGCAGGCCGAGGCCGUGGUCCACUCCAGCUUCAGGCGUCUCAGCGGCCGCGAGAAGAAGGAGAUGCAGAAGGAGAUCCUGUCCAUCCUGGGUCUGCCGGGACGACCCAGACCCCACCCGCCGCUACGACCGCCCUCCUCCGCGCCCCUCUUCAUGCUGGACCUCUACCACGCCAUGUCAGCCGACGGGGAGGAUGAAGGGAAUGAAAUUAUCGUGACUGGAGCCAGCAUGGGGAAGUUUGGAGGGGCAGAGAGGUUGGCUCAGGUCAACCAUGCAGCCCUGCCGACACUCAGCACACACACACCACCGCUGGGGACGGUGGUCAGCGAGGCCGACACUGUGAUGAGCUUCGUCAACCUGGUGGAACAGGAGCGUGACCUCCUGCAACCUCGUCCGUACUGGAAGGAGUUUCGUUUCGACCUGACUCCCCUCCCUCAGGGUGAGACGGUGACAGCAGCAGAGUUUCGUAUCUAUAAGACCCUGACGAUGGGUCAAAGGGCAAACCGAACCCUGCACAUCUCCGUCUACGAGAUCCAGCGAGAAAACAGACACAGAGAGCCAGAGCUGGUGCUGCUGGACAUGCAGUCUGUGCCUGCAGGACAGGAGGGCUGGCUGGCCUUCGACGUCACCUCGGCUUCCAACCACUGGCUCCUCCAUCCCCGCAGCAACCUGGGAAUACGUCUCUAUGUGGAGACUGAGGAGGACCGCUCCCUGUCUGCAGGCUGGAUCGGGCUGGUGGGUCGCAGGGGUCCUCGCUCCAAACAGCCCUUCAUGGUCACCUUCUUCAGGGAGAGCCAGGUUCCGUGCCGGCCACCGCGAGCCGUCAAGCCUCACCCCCGCAAGAAGAAACCCAAAUACGACCUCCCAGUCCCCAGCAUCCAUAAUCGGAGUCCUGCUAAUAACGGAGGUCAGCCCUGUAAAAAACAUGAACUCUACGUCAGCUUCAGUGACCUGGGAUGGAAGGACUGGGUUUUGGCCCCCACUGGAUAUUCAGCCUACUACUGUGAUGGAGAGUGUUUUUAUCCUCUGGGCUCCUGUAUGAACGCCACCAACCACGCCCUCAUCCAGCAAGUGGUUCACCUCCUGAAGCCUGAUGAGGUUCCUAAGGCGUGCUGCGCCCCCACCAAGCUCAGCCCCAUCUCCGUCCUCUUCUACGACGACAACAACAACGUCAUCCUCAAAAAACACCGUAACAUGGUGGUAAAGACCUGUGGAUGUUUAUGAUAACAGAGUCUGAAACUGAAAAUGUACAUGGAUGAACUUUGCAGAAACCUUAUAUAUUGGUAAACAGGGACCAGAAAUCUGAUUCAGGCUUAUUAAGACGAGUGAUUAAACUGUCUUCAAUAAUUUUUUCCAAAUUCAAAGGAGUUAAAAGUUCAGAGAGUCCAAAUCAGCAGCUUUAACACUUUUUUACUGCAUCUUCAAGGUUGUGUUUGUUUUUGUUCACAAUGAUUCGUGUUCAAACUUUCAGCUGUUUGAGUCUAAACCUUAAAUCAGAUAUGUUCUCUCAUAAGGACAUUUUAUUAAGGGCAGUACUUCUUUUUCAUGAGCACAAAUGUUUAAUUUCAUGAACAUUUCUAACAAACUAGGAGAGCUAGGAUCUUUUUUUUAUGCCUGUUGUUAUCAGGAACAAACAACAGACUUCAGUUUAUCACCAGUGUAGUUUUUUACAGACAGGUUCCAGUUAUAAAAAUGGCAAAUGAUAUUGGAUGGCUCAACACGCCAUUAGUGAUGCCUGUUUUGUUUUUGACAGCACUACUGUUGUUGCAACACAAAUCUAUAUGAAGAGACUAUUAAACUGUAUUCAAUUAAUAAAAAAUAUUUACAUUAUCUUAAAUAUAUUAUGGUGGCAUGAAAUGGACUGAGGGAAAGUGAGAGACUAAAACAAAACAUGAAAAUUUGAUUCCUCUUCAAUUUAAUUCUGCUGUGUCACCUUAAAGAUUUCUGGAAUAUCAAAGAUUAAAUCUAUCAACAUCACAUUUUAAAAAGCAGAGCUGCAACGAUCGGUCAAUUAAUCGGCAACUAGUCUGAUAAUCAAUUAACCGCUGGUAAUUUUUAGUUAGACAUUUAUUUUCUAGUUCAAGUUUAUAUUUGUGAAGAUUUCUGCUUCUGUUACAGUAUUUUUUCACAGUUGUCUUACAUUUCAUAAACCAAACGAUUAAUUGACUCAUCAAGCAACACCACAGCAACGCAGAACACUGUAAUCAAUAACUCAAUAAUAAACAAUAACUUCAUCUUGUAAUGUAAACAAAAGUCAACGGACAAGACCAGUCACAUUAAAUACAUUGUUCAAUUUAUUGAAAAGGGUAAAAAAAAAAAAAAAAAAAAAAAGUACAGUGAAAGCAAAUUUGUGAAGUUUCUGCCUACUAGUGAACAUAUGAAGAACCAAAAAGAAGUGAAUAAUCAUUUUGGCAGUUACUGAAUCAAAUCUAACUUUUCAGUCCUUGGGGCUGCUUACAAUUUAUUCAAA